UCAGUUAUUGCCCGCAGACCCUCGCAUGGGAGCUCUCCAGUCACUUUGAAUAACCGCGGGACAGUUUAUCGCUUCGGCCGCAAAGAAGCCGUUUAUAACCAGAGCGAGAUCAAAAUAUCCCGGAGGGCGACGAUGGCCUUCUUCUCUGGAUCCACUCGUCUCACCGCCGUAUCCAUUUCCUUAUCUCCGUUCGCUCGCGGAAUCUUCACCCCAAGCCCGAACCCUAACGUUACUCCUAAUCGCGUCGUAGUUAUUUCUAACGAAGUACCUUUAAGCCAUCCGCCCUUCUCGACUGGGACCCUAAAAUGGCGGAUUGCUGCUACCAACAUCUGCAAACAAGAGUCCAUUCGAGUUGACCUAAACUUGUCGUCCGUGAAGGAGUGCUUCUCGGAUGAGGAGCUGCACGCUGCCGUCCGACUGCGCAUACGCACUUUCUACGAUUUCAACGAGUCCUGUGGGGUCGAGGAUUAUAGAAAGUAUCUAACAGAGCGAGAGUAUGAAGCAUUGAAAGAGCGGGUUGCUGGAAAGAAGAUAGGAUUUAAAAGGGUUAGCUGUAUAAAUGCUACAUUACCAUCAUCGAUUACAUUGAAAUCUUUUGCUGAAUUAUGCUCUUCUUGCAAGUUCUCUAAUGAUGGAAAAGACUGCAUUGUGGUUGGAACUUUGGAUGUUAACCAGUGUGUUAGGCUGGCGGAUGAGCUGACUGGCAAGAAGCCUGAGGGAAUUGAAGCUGACCUCAAAAGGGCAUAUCUUAGCAAUGUAUGCGUUGCCAAGGAGCUGCAAAGAAAUGGUUUUGGCCAUGCAUUAAUUUCAGAGUCAAAAAAAGUUGCUCGUCAAUGGGGUAUAACUGACCUAUAUGUUCAUGUUGCUGUGGAUAAUGAAGCUGCCCGAAAGUUGUAUGAAAAGGGUGGCUUUAUUUAUGAAAACGAAGAACCUGCCUGGCAAGCCAGAUUUUUAGGUCGGCCGCGGCGGUUUCUUCUUUGGGCUGAUCUUAGACUUGAAAAAUAGUUGUGUGAAAUUGAACUUCUGAUAUAUUCUUCAACGGGCUUUAUAAGGUUAGCUUUAAGUAGUGGCUUUCCUAAGCUUGAUACAACAUUGAAUGUAUAUCGUGUAUAUAACUUUGAUACUUGAACAUUUAUGUUCAAGUAUAUAACUUUGAUAAAUAUGCAAUUCAUCUCAACAAUUUUUUUUAUUUAAGUGUAUGUAUUCCUUUAUACCUUAUAAUAACAUUUCUUCGUUA